AUGGCCGGAUACGCAAGCCCACCACAGUUCGAGGAAGCUACGGACCACUGGCCGGCAUAUCUAGUGCGGCUAGAAGCUUUCUUCGAAGGCAACGGCAUCACGGAAGAAAAGAAGAAGCGAGCAUUGCUCGUAGCAGGGCUGAGAACCCACACUGUGGCCGUCGUCAGUGGACGCUGCGCGCCAACAAAGGUGAACGAGCUGUCGUACAAAGAAGCACUCGACAUACUGCAGAAGCAUUUUUCGCCCAGCCAGAAUGAAAUAGCCCAAUCCUACAAAUUUUUCUCACGCAACCAGAUGCCUGGAGAGCCAGUGUGGAAAAACAGGGCACGACUCAAGAACCUGCCGGUUCCGCUCGUCGAAGUGUUACCAGUGCCAGCAGCGCAGUCAUGUUCGCAAGAUGUGUCCCGGACAAGCAGACAGCAGAACGAGGGAACCGUUAACUGGCCACACCAGCAAAUUAAUGCCGUGCAUCCGUCAGCAGGAAACAGCAACGAUCCGGGUGCAGAAGCUCUGUUCCUCGUUGAAACGACAGAUAAUUUUGUUGGAAACAUUCACACCGUAAAGGCCAUAAUGCGCACUCUCCUUUGGAAUGGAAUAGCGAUCAAGAUGCAGCUGGACACAGGGUCCCCGGUUUCUAUCAUCACUUGGCCCACCUACGUACAGCAUCAAGAUGCCUGGCCGAACCUGCAGGAAUCGCCGCUCAAGUUGUCACGCUUCCUUGGACCACUGCCGGUGCGCGGCCAGUUACAACUCGAUGUUUCCUUGAGUUCGAAGACCACAAAAGCCACAUUAGCUGUGCUGGGGUGUUCCGGGCCGAACUUGUGUGGCCGGGACGUCAUGACAGCGCUGGACCUUCUUGGGGAGCCGGUGCUCAGCGCAACGCAAGAAGGUGAGAGUGCAGCCAUUCGUGAAGUUGGCAAUGACGUUGAGGUCUUGUUAGAAGAAUUUUCUGAUGUGUUUCGACCCGAGUUAGGGCGCAUAACGGGCCCGCCCGCCCGUCUGCCAUUGCGUGACGAUGCUGUUCCUCGGUUCUGUAAGGCGCGGCAGGUGCCGUACGCGUUACGCUCAGAAGUGGAGGCCGAAAUUGAUCUUGCUCCGGCCGCAAACUCGGAGUGGGCGGCACCCGUGGUGGCGGUGGUAAAGCGAAACGGGAACAUUCGCUUAUGCGGUGAUUUCAAAACUACUGUCAACCAAGCCUGCCACACGAUCCAGUAUCCUCUCCCGCGCUUUGAGGACAUCAUGGCGACGUUGAACGGCGGCGAAGUUUUUACAACUAUCGAUCUCCGGGACGCCUACAAUCAAAUUACGUUAGACGAAGAAUCGCAACUGCUCACGACGGUGAAUACGCAGAAGGGCCUUUUUUGCUUCACCCGCCUUCCGUUUGGAGUAGCCUCUGCGCCAGCGCUCUUUCAGCAACGCAUGGAAACAACUUUACAAGGGCUGCCUGGGGUGCAGGUCUAUUUAGACGACGUAAUCAUUGCUGAAAAGCGGAAUGAUGCCGCCACCUUACGCCGAGUGCUGGGAAGAUUCCGCGAGUUCGGGGUGCGGCUGAAUCGGGAGAAGUCAAGAUAUCGUGAGAAUGAGGUUGAUUUUUUGGGUUACAAAAUCGACGAUAAAGGCGUGUAUGCCAAAAGGGAAAAUCUUGAGGCUAUUCUGGACGUCGAUACACCCACGGGAGUGCCCGAGUUAAGGUCAUUUUUGGGUAUUUUCACCUAUUACCAAAAGUUUCUACCGCAGGCAGCCACGAUCCUUGCACCUUUGUACGAACUAUUGCGCGCCAGGACGGAGUGGAAGUGGGGCGUUGCUCAGCAGCAGGCGUUCGAAGAGGUCAAAGCACUGACCGGACAAACCGUUGGUACUAGAAUGUGA